UUGUAGAGAUGUGUUGAAAAAGUUCACUUGGUUUCGUAAAAAAAUGAAAAAGUCAUUAGAAACCGAUGGAAUGCGAUGUAAUGGUGAAUACUGGAUGAGUAAUUUGCCUCAGGAAGUUACUGAGAGACCCCUUGUUUGUGUUGCUAUACCAGGAUCGCAUGAUUCGUUCACACAAUUAUUGUUUGACAAAUAUCCCGUAGCAAAUGAUGAAGGUCGUUUUAUCCGAGAAAUUGGCCGAUUCCGGAUGGUUCGACGCUUCAUCCGACGAUGGGCCACAACACAACGAUAUUCAGUGGUUAAGCAACUUUAUGCCGGUAUACGUUACUUCGAUAUUAGACUCACAGUACCAUUAUCUGCUAAAUUAUGUGGAGUACGUGUUCUGCAUGCCCUUUAUGGUAGUCCUAUAGAACAACUUCUCUUACUUAUAAAUAAUUUUUUGGAUAGUCAUGUAAGAGAAAUUGUCAUUCUUGAUUUUAAUCAUUUGUAUAAUUUUAACAGCAGUGAGUAUAUUAAGUUUUUGGAAAUGGUGGAAAAUGUGUUUGGUCGGAAAUUAUGCUUACGAGAAGAUGUAACUAAGAUAAGCCUAGCUAACAUGUGGCAGUCGGGUUAUCAAGUGAUAGCUAUAUCAGUAACGGAAACAGCAGCUCAUCAAACUACUCCCUGGAUAUGGGAUUCCAGUUGUAUUCUUAGUCCAUAUGCUAAUGUGAAUCGAAAUAGUAAAUUAUUUAAAUUUCUCAAUCGAACGAUACGAGAUCAAAGACGAGGUCCUAGGAAUGUGUUCUUUGUAACGCAAGCAAUUUUGACAGUUAAAUGGUUUGAUAUCUUCAUGCAUCCAUUUUCCACUCUUGAAAAAAAAUACGCUUUGAAAUGUACGGAAGAAGCUAUUUCCUGGAUUACCACUUUCGAUGAACCUUCUUAUUUCAAUAUUAUCAUCUGUGAUUUUAUUGAUCGCUUCGAUUUUUGUAAUGUUGUUUUCUCGCUCAACAUAUCCUCCAGCAAAGAUGUUCCUAAUAGUAAUUGAUCACAUGAGUUGUCUAUAUGUACAUUUAUUUGUAUGUAGAAAAUACCUGAUAUGCAGAAGGUAUCUGAUGAUACGUCUGCUUAUCCUAGUUUGUGCAGAUGUCUUGAUUUCGCUUUAUUUCUUCCUUUCCAAAAAAUUUUUCCUUUAUGUAUAUAUCCAUGGUGUAAGUGUUACUGGUUCUAAUUUGAAGGGUUUAAAGUCUUUUUGUCAUGCGUAAAUCCCAUAUCAUUAGGAAUUAUAUCAAUGUGAAAGAAGCAUGGUGAUUGCACUUGUUAUUUUUGAUUAUUCCUCAUUUUAUGGUCAAAUCUGAAGUCUUUUAAGUGAAUUGUUGUUAAACACUCCUGACAAUUGAAAGUGUUUAGAGUGUUUAGUGGUGAUUUGACAUACUGG